AUGACUUCAGCAGGGCUGUUCAAGCUCACAAUGUUUAUUAAGCGCAAGCCUGGUCUUAGCGAAGAGGAGUUCCAUUCUUACUGGACGGAGAAACACCCAGCAGUGGUAAAUGAAUGGCUUGCAAAGCAUGGUGUAGUUACUUAUGUUCAGUUUCACACUCCGUCAGAGAUUCGCGAACAGUGCAAAGAGGUCGGGACUGGUUUGGGGAGCGACAAUGUCGUGGGUUACGAUGGUUACGUUGAGCUCACUGUGCGGAGCAUAGACGCGUUGAAGAACGCCUUCUCCGACCCAUUCUACAAGUCUUAUGUCCAGCCCGACGAAGCUACAUUCAUUGACCCGAUUUCAAGCUACCGCACAUUUGGUUAUGAGGAACGAUAUAUUGAAGGUAACAAGGUACUGAAACAAUAG